UUGUGGUUCAGUAUUUCGCAUGUCACAUCACUUACGGAUACACACAAGAACACAUACUGGUGAUAAACCAUUCAAAUGUGAUAUAUGUGAUAAGGCAUUUAGACAAAGUUCUCAAGUGCUGACCCACAAGAAAACACAUACAGGUGAAAAACCGUGUAAAAUAUGUAAAUGUGAUGUAUGUGAAAAGGAUUUUAGUCAGCGUCCUGACUUAAACAGACACAUGAGAACACAUACGGGUGAUAAACCUCAUCAAUGUGAGGUAUGUGAUAAAACUUUCAGUAGGAAGGAACACUUACGACUACACAUGAGAAUACAUACUGGCGAUCAACCGUUUGCAUGUAAUGUAUGUGGUAGAGGUUUUAAUUAUAAAAUCGACGUUCAAAGACACUCAAGAAGGCAUUCUAAAUGUGUUGAAAGACCUUAUAAAUGUAAUAUUUGUGAUAAACAUUUUAUUCGGAAACAGAACUUACAGAAUCACAUGAGAAUACAUACAGGGGAAAACCCAUAUGAAUGUGAAACCUGUGGUCAAAUAUUUAGUCUUUCAAUUUUCUAUGCUAGACAUAUGACAAAGCAUGGUGCUGAGAAGGACAAAUUAGUUUAG